GGAGCAGGCAGAGCCAGGACAGGAUGGAGAGGAGACGGGUCACCUCAGUGGCUCGCCGCUCCUAUGUCUCCUCCUCAGAGAUGGGGGUGGGGGGCCGCCGCCUGGGUCCUGGCACCCGCCUGUCCCUGGCUCGAAUGCCGCCUGCACUCCCGGCCCGGGUGGACUUCUCCUUGGCCGGGGCGCUCAACUCCAGCUUCAAGGAGACCCGGGCCAGUGAGCGGGCGGAGAUGAUGGAGCUCAAUGACCGCUUCGCCAGCUACAUCGAGAAGGUGCGCUUCCUGGAACAGCAGAACAAGGCGCUGGCUGCCGAGCUGAACCAGCUGCGGGCCAAGGAGCCCACCAAGCUUGCCGACGUCUACCAGGCGGAGCUGCGCGAGCUGCGGCUGCGGCUUGACCAACUUACCGCCAACAGCGCCCGGCUCGAGGUGGAGAGGGACAAUCUGGCGCAGGACCUGGGCACCCUGAGGCAGAAGCUCCAGGAUGAAACCAACCUGAGGCUGGAGGCUGAGAACAACCUGGCUGCCUAUCGACAGGAGGCAGAUGAAGCCACCCUGGGCCGUCUGGAUCUGGAGAGGAAGACUGAGUCUCUGGAGGAGGAAAUCCGGUUCUGGAGGAAGAUCCAUGAGGAGGAGGUGCGGGAGCUCCAGGAGCAGCUGGCUCAGCAGCAGGUCCACGUGGAGAUGGAUGUAGCCAAGCCCGACCUCACAGCAGCCCUGAGAGAGAUCCGGACACAGUACGAGGCAGUGGCAUCCAGCAACAUACAUGAGGCGGAGGAGUGGUACCGCUCCAAGUUUGCGGACUUGACGGACGCCGCUGCCCGCAACGCGGAGCUGCUCCGCCAGGCCAAGCACGAGGCCAACGACUACCGGCGCCAGCUGCAGGCCUUAACCUGCGACCUGGAGUCCUUGCGCGGCACGAAUGAGUCCCUGGAGAGGCAGAUGCGGGAGCAGGACGAGCGCCACGCGCGGGAGGCGGCGAGUUACCUGGAGGCGCUGGCCCGGCUGGAAGAGGAGGGGCAGAGCCUCAAGGACGAGAUGGCCCGCCACCUGCAGGAGUACCAGGACCUGCUCAGCGUUAAACUGGCCCUGGACAUCGAGAUCGCCACCUACAGGAAGCUGCUGGAGGGCGAAGAGAACCGCAUCACCAUUCCUGUGCAGACCUUCUCCAACCUGCAGAUCCGAGGGGGCAAAAGCACCAAAGAAGGGGAAGGUCACAAGGUCACAAGACACCUCAAAAGACUCACAAUACAGGUUAUACCAAUACAGGCUCACCAGAUUGUAAAUGGAGCCCCCGCCGGCUCGGCUCUCGAAACCAGCCUGGACACCAAUUCCGUGACAGAAGGCCACCUCAAGAGGAACAUCGUGGUGAAGACCGUGGAGAUGCGGGACGGAGAGGUCAUUAAGGAGUCCAAGCAGGAGCACAAGGAUGUGAUGUGAGGCAGGACCCACCUGGUGGUCCCUGCCCCACAGUAUGAGGGGCCUGCAGCAGGAGUUGGGGUAGUUGCCUCUCCUCUGCUAGUUAAUUUCCCCAGACUUGAGUUCCCACCCACCCCAGCUGCUCCUUUUCCCCCUCAGUCUCUAUGUCAGCUUGCUGCCCUAGGCUCCAUCAGCAUUAAGCCUAUCAGACAGCACCCACCCAGCACCCAGCAACUCUAACAGGGCACUCACUCCAAAGGGGCAGCCUGGAGGGGCAUGGCUAGCAGCUUGGGUUAGAAUUGGGAGGGAGGAGAGAAGUUGGGGAGGGCAGGGAGACCUAAUAAAUCACCCUCCGUAUCCCGAAUCCCUGUUGUCAUGGCAACUGUUGCCAGAGCCGGAGGUGUCUGGGGGUAUCUGGGAAUGGGGCCUUUGAAUUUCCUCAGGCUGGUGGAGGAAAUCCGAGACUCUGAGACAGGCAGGGGAAUCCCCACAGGCAAGGAGGCCUUGGCCAGGGGCUUAUUCUUCUAGACUGACUCUGACCAGUCUGAGGAUGGGUGGGGCUAUCCUGCCACCUGGAGUAGUCGCCGGACAGAAUUCCUGGGCUGCCCAGAUUGCAGAGGGGCCUCCUGAGUGAUGGUUCAAGUGGUUCAGCCCCACUGAGCUGCCACGUGGGCAUGCCGUGGGCA